AUGGGCUCCACGCUGUACCACGCGCGACCGAGGCCGUUUACUCGCGACACGACCAUCGGUGACUACUUCCCCUCGUACGACCGCUGGGCCACUUCGAACACCGGUGCGCACCACUACGACUUCGAUAGACACAACGCCGAGUUGGAGGAGCUGGACCGAAGCGGACGCCGCGCGAGGUCAGCGAGCGGGGGCCUCGGGAUCGUCAACAGAUCGUGGGCCACGUCCCCCGUCACGUCUCCCGUCUUGUCGUCGCGUCCUGCCUUCAAGCGCGAAGGCUUGCAGAACCUGGGCAAUACGUGCUACAUGAACGCGGUGCUUCAGUCGCUACUCUCCCUGGAGACGUUCGUGUCGGACAUGAACAGAGAUGAAUUCAUUCAGGCGCUGCCUUACACGUCGUUCUACCAGGCCCUCCUGCAGAUCGCUGUUGAAAUGAGGCGCGAGAAGCACGGCAUCAUUAAUCCGUGGCCAGUCAAAGACGCCGUUGCUCGGAUGGCCAAGCAAUUCUCGGACUGGAUGCAACAGGAUGCGCACGAGUUCUUGGUGAGCUGCCUGGAUCAGUUGGAGGGCGAGAUCGACAAGAUCGGCCAGGAUAGCCGCGAGAAGGCCAAAGCGGAGGUCGGCGCGAGCUCCUCGAGCUCAACGCUGGUCAUUCUGUCGGAAGAGGAGAAGCAAGCCGAACGCGUAAGGAACGACAAGUGCCCGAUCUUCCUCAACUUCGAGUCGGAGGUGGAGCACACCUUCACCUGUCGCAAUCCAGCCUGCGAAAACGUAGCCCGAAAGCCAGAGAUCUUUAGGGACUUCUCACUCGAGAUCAUCGAACCGCCGCCCGGAGCAAGCGAGACAGACAAACGCAGUAACAAGCCAUCGGUGCAAGACCUGGUCAAGUUUUGGUUUCAAGGCGACGAGGUUGUGGAAAUGCGAUGUGGCAAGUGUGAGGAGGCAGGAGAAGCAGAUGUCGGACACAACUUUCUACGACUUCCGCGUGUGCUCAUACUGCAUCUCAAGCGCUUCAAGCCGCUACCGACGGACAUCUUCACGAUCCGCAAGCUCCAGGACAUGGUCCGCCUCAACAAAACCAUUGAUCUCGGGCCGCUCAACCUUCCAUCUCACGACGCCGCGUUCAGUCCCACCUCUCGCUCUCCAUCUUCCUCGCAUUCGCCGUCGUCAGCCCCGUCUCCCUCUCCAUCAUCGCCCUUUUCGACCUCUGUGGCGUCGGUCAAGUCGGCGGAGUUCAAGGUGCCCGCACCGCAUUCCAAGGUGGUCGUUCCUCCCACGUCGUCAUUCCCCACCGGUGGUGCAAAAGGCGGGGAACGCAUCGACGACGACCUGUCUACGAUCAUCGAAGGAAGUCUCGCCAACAACAAGCGACAGCGGACGCAGAGCAGUGAUUCCACGAGCACCUCGACCAACGGCACCAAGCUGAGUGAGGAGGAGAUGAUGGCGCGAGCGCUGAAGGAGAGCGAAAUGACCUUUGCAGCGGUGGAGCAGGCCAAGGAGGAAGAGCGGAUCAGAAAGGAGCAGGAGGAGCUCGACAUGGCCAUCGCCCUGUCGUUGGAGGAGGGACAAGACGAUGAACAGAGAGUCAGCAUGAAGAGGAAGAGGAGCACCAACGCCACUGAGGUACCUCCUGAGAUCAUCGUAUAA